ACGUCAAUUUUUUAAUAGACUUUUUUUUAUUUAUUUUUUAUUUAUUAAUCUAUAAACUAAUUAAAAUUAAUUGACAUGGUUGUGUCUAUUAGAUUUAGUAGCUGUUAAACCGAAAAGUUAUUGUUAAGUAUUUCAGUGUUGUGUGUUGUACAGUGAAUACUAGUAAAUGCAUGUUUGCAGCUUAAAGUAAUAAACAAACAAAUUUAGUUAAAGCUUUGAAAAGGAACAACGAAUACUAUUUAGUUUUCAAAACAUGUCUGCGGGAAGACCAAUAAAAUGUGUAGUUGUUGGUGAUGGCACUGUGGGAAAAACAUGCAUGUUAAUAUCAUACACUACCGACAGCUUUCCAGGAGAAUAUGUACCUACAGUAUUUGAUAAUUACUCAGCGCCAAUGGUAGUUGACAGUAUACCAGUUAGUCUUGGUCUUUGGGACACAGCAGGCCAAGAAGAUUACGAUCGUUUAAGACCACUGUCCUAUCCUCAGACGGAUGUUUUUUUGGUUUGCUUUAGUGUUGCUAGUCCAUCAUCCUUUGAAAAUGUGGUUUCUAAAUGGUAUCCGGAAAUUAAACACCAUUGCCCAGAUGCACCUAUGAUAUUAGUUGGUACGAAAAUAGAUUUAAGAGAAGAUAAAGAAACAUUGAAUGUUUUAUCCGAGCAAGGACUGUCUCCAAUAAAACGUGAACAGGGACAGAAAUUGGCCAACAAAAUAAGAGCUGUCAAAUAUCUUGAAUGUUCUGCAUUGACGCAAAGAGGAUUAAAACUUGUGUUUGAUGAAGCUGUAAGAGCUGUUUUGCGACCUGUACCACUCAAACACCAACAAAGGAAAUGCAUUAUAGCCUAGUGAAACAGACUGAAGUGAACAGUUAUAUUCCUACCUCUGUAUAAAAAUAAUUCAAAAGGGUUGUUUAGAUACAUCAUUUUUAAUUUUUAAUUUUUCAAAAUCAUUUAUUCUAUCUAAUUGGCAUGAUAUUUAUGUUUGCUUGUUAACCAAGACUUAAAUCAGUGCCAUUUAGCCUAAUAUUAUUGUUUACCAAAGAUAUGUUUAAAUGGUUAAUUUUAUAAUUUUGAAAAAAAAUUUGCAUUUUCUUUUCUGUUGCCACGCAUGACUACAAUUAACAGUACAAAAUUAAUGAAAAGUCUUCCUUGGUUGACAAUGUAAUACUUUUUUAUUUUUAACUGAUUUUCAUUAAUUUUUAUUUUAUUCAUUGCACUAUUAACAUUAGGCUUCUUGUAGAUUUUUUUUAUCUAUUAUUUUUGCUCAAAACUAAUUUUAUGUUAGAACAAAGAACAUGAAUCUCUAUUAUUUAGUUUUUUACAUCUAGUCAUGCAACAUUUUGUAAUUAAUGCAACAAAUUACCAGUUUAGAUUAGAAGUUGUGAAGAAUUUGGCUGAACAACUUUAUUGUCAUACUUUUAUUUAAGAAGAUUGUCAUGUUUCAUAUUAUUAUAA